CCGAAAUCCAUGCUUGCCACCAACCAGCUCAAAGUAGUCACCGUAGUUCAGGCGGCUACCUCAGACUCUGACGGACAUGACUCUUCGGAUGGCAGCGAUUCUGGUUCUCUUUCUCAAGACGCGCCGACGACCGAGAGUUGGUCUUCUCUCGAGUCCAAAGAAAUCAUGAAACCCAGCCUUCUAACUCAUAUCUACGGGCCGAUAUAUGCCAGAGGAGCAACUAUACAACGUUUGCCUCAUCCUCAAGAAGAGUUCGAUGCUAUUGUGAAUGCGAUUGGUGUACCGCUCGUCUUUAAGCUCCACACCCUCACCCAAAUCGCCCGUUUAAUCGACUGUCGCCAUGCCCUCCUCCUACGUCGACCACCAGGCUGGGGCCUUGACCUAUUCGCGUCCAUGGUCUCAGCUGCCUUCGACAGAGACUACAAUCCGCCUGACGACCCAUUUCAAAUCUUACUUGAGCAAGAGUCCUUGACCUCGAGGCCGUGGGACCGUCGCCUCCAUGGUUUUUUUGUGCUAGACUUGGACUUCAGACGCCUUCCGGGGAAGGACGAUUUUCAGACCGAACUCCACGCGUAUCUCGAGAAGGAGUGUCGGGAGUUAAUUUCCCAUUACGGCCUGAACAAGGUCAUUGGUUUACCAAGUGUCAAGAAGGGCAAGCCAGAGGAGUUUAUUUCGCUACUUGCGUUUGCUUUUAAGAGUGUGUCGCGCAACCCACUACUAGUCAUCAUCAGGAGUUUCGAUGAACCAACGAUCUACUAUCCAGACGGUCAUGAAGUCUUGAAUCCCUUUCUUAACCGACUAGAAUACCAAUUGAAGGAUCACGUCUUGGGGUCCCUACUCCUCCUCUCCACUUGGGACGAUGGCUCGGUAUAUAGUUGUAUCGGCCGACCUCCCUUGUCCCUGAUCAGACGGCGCAAACCUGGCCUCCAACCUCUUGACCUCCCUUGCACCCUCGACCUGACUCAUACCCCCGCUUUCCAAACGGCCGUUGGCAUAACGCGUGCAGAGGCAGACGCUCUCGACAACGCAUUUAGCCACCGUGAACCCCGCGAGCGCACCCGUAUGAUCCAUAUGUUGGACGGGUACAGCAACCCCUCCAUAUUCGCCGAUAUUUUUCCUCAGACGCAUCAAUGCCCUCCUGAUUCGCUUGAAGGAGGAGAUUGCUGGGAGGGGGAAGUCAACCCGUUGGCGGAAUUGGAUCGUUCUCAGGAGUACGAGGGUACCUAUGCAGCGCAGCUUGUGAUGAAAGUCUUCGCUCUGAAAUACGGCCUGCCGAGUGAGCAUGGAUCUCUCGGAUUCUAG